GAGGCAUUAAGGCGGAUAUCAUCCAUACUAUUUGGUCAAGCCAUGGAUGUCCGCCGUCUCAUUGCUUGCUACGCCAACCACUUGCAGGAACCGAUUCAAAAUGCGGUACUGAUUUACGCAUAAGUUGAUUCUUAACUUACCUGCCUACAUAAGAAAGGAUUAUAUAAAUCAAACACCAGUAUGCCGUCCGCCCUCGUGACCGACCGACCAUUGCCGGUUUACUUUAUCGGCCACGCCGGAGUGGGUCUCCUGUUCAGCGAGUCGCCUCAGAACCGGAUCGUCCAAGACAACCUUCGGGUUAUUGGAGAGGAGAUCCGUAGGAUUUCACCCCGGCCAAAGGCCAUCCUCACCUUUAGUGGGCACUUUGAGGCAGGAGAGAUCCACGGGCCGGAGGUGAUAGAGGUCAAUAUGAAGAAAGGGACUUAUAUUAUGCAUGACUUCGUCAACGACUUCCACGAUUCGGCACCUUUUGUCUACGAGUAUGACUGGCCGCACGAGGACGCACCGGAACUAGCGUCCGAGGUCUGGCGACACCUGAACAAAUCCGGCAUCAAAGCCAAGCGGGUCGAGCGCGGCGUCGAUCACGGUAUCUGGGUCCCCUUCAAAGUCAUGUUCCCGCCCGAAGAUCCGCUCGACAUCCCCGUUGUCCAGGUCUCCACGUUCCACGGCUACGACCUGGAAAGCCAGAUCCACCUCGGCGAGGCCGUCGCAUCGCUCCGGAACAAAGGCUUCCUAAUCCUCGCAUCCGGCAUGGCCGUCCACUCCUUCCCCUCCCUAGCCUCAAUCCGCGCCGCGCCGUCGGACGCCAGCCGCGCAGCCCGGCGCGAAAAGGUCCUCGCGGAGUCGCGCGCCUUCGACACGGCGGUCCGGGCCGUGGUAUCGAAAACGCGUGCUUCGGAGCGGAGGAAAGCGCUUCUAGAACUAGAACAGUUGCCCGAGUACCGCCGCUGCCAUCCUACCGUCGAGCACUUUACCCCGUUGCUGGUGGCGGCGGGGGCGGCCGGGGACGCGGUGGGAGAGGCGGUGGGGGUGGAUGUGGUGGAGCCUGGGAUGUCGUAUUUGAAUGUUAAGUUUAGUUAGGCUGAGAUAGGGAUAAGCAUAGGGCUGGUCUGGAGUAUUGGAUGUGGUCGUUGUGUCUCGUAUUAGUCUGGGGAUUUAGGGGGUCGUAUUAGGAACCUCUCAAUAAUUGCCUCGCUCUUAUUGGGCUAGUAGCUCCUUUGACCUAGAUCAUUAA